AUGGCUCGAGAAAAUGUUUGGGACCGACUAUGGUUCAAAAUAUUUGCAGCAUCGAUGCUAUUUUUUUUAUGUCAACUGUUCUUAACAUUCGCUAAAGUUCAAACGUUUGAAGAAGAUAAAAUGUAUUUGAAAGCUGAGGUAGAAAGUUUAGAGCGGAAAAAAGACACGCUUAAUAUGGAUAUAAUGACUAAGCAACGCACUCUAGCUCGAAUGAAUAAAGAAGAAUCGAGGCUUGAGAACCUACUUAGAGAUAGAGUAAAUUUACUUCCUUCUGGUAGAAAAACUGAUCCCGUCAUCUAUUUUGUUACUCCGACCAAUUUUCGCACCGGCCAAAAAGCUGAUUUAACAAGAUUGUCUUAUACUUUAUCACAUGUGCCAAAUCUAUUUUGGAUUGUAGUCGAAGAUUCUUCUUCCAAGUCUAACACAGUUGCGGAAAUUAUUAGAAGAAGUCAUUUACCGUAUGCUCACAUGAAUGUUGAGACUCCUAAAGAGAAAAAAAUGAAAUAUUCUGAUCCCAAUUGGUAUCUACCUCGUGGAGUUGAUCAGAGGAACGCUGCACUCUCCUGGCUGAGAACUCAAUUGAUCUCAGCGAAGCAAGGAGUUGUAUACUUUGGAGACGAUGAUAACACCUAUGAUCUGAGGCUGUUUGAAGAACUUAGAUCCAUCAAAAAAGCUGGAAUUGUUCCUGUCGGUAUAGUAGGAGGACUCAUAGUAGAAGCUCCAACAUUAGCGUCUAAUGGUAGUGUUGUCGGUUUCAAUGCUGUCUGGAAGCCUGAAAGACCAUUUCCAAUUGAUAUGGCUGCCUUUGCUGUCAAUUUGACUCUAAUAACUCAAAACCCUUCUGCGGGGUUCAAGUACGAUGUACCACGUGGGUAUCAGGAAUCUCAAUUUUUGACAAGUCUGGGAGUCAAACGAUGGGAAUUGGAACCAAAAGCACAGAAAUGCACAAAAGUAUACGUCUGGCAUACACGGACGGAAAAAGCCAAAUUAAGUAAAACAGAUAUUGAAAGGGUUGGUAAUCAUAAAACAGCUGAUUUUGAAUCUUUGGAAGCUGAAGCUUUAGGACUGGAAUAG